CAGAACUGGUUUAGAGUUCUGUCAUGUGACCUCAAAUAUGGCCGACCAUGAGUAGUUGUUUAGUGUUAUUGUUUUACGUGUUUGUGUUAUUGUUUACCUUUGGAGAAUUCGUGCGCCUUUCUCAGGAGGAUUCAUGCGAUCCAAGUUGUUCUAUUCUGCCAAAGGAUGAAGAUAGAAAAUUCAUUUGUAAUGUGCAUAAAGAAGAGAGAUGCCACAAUGUGAACCGAGAACUUGAACGUAACCGAAGUAAAGGUAGCAUACCAAGUUGGCAGAAGUACCACUACCAGUCCAGUGUUGAUAUUCCUGCUAGAGGAAGUUCUACAGUUACUGAUGUUACUUUCAAUAAUAUCAGUGAUCUCUACACCAGUGCAUCAGCGCGUCCACAAAUUGCUGGUAUUACUAUUCAUGAUGAACAGCGGACUUGUUUUAAUGACUACCGCCGCAAUAACUUUGCACUUAAUUUCACUCUUCUGUUGCCAUCUGGUGAAUUUUUGUACAAAACCACUGCAUUACUGCUGAAGAUUGAGUAUGAUGUCCAGCCUUCAAAAAACACCAAAUGUCGUAUAUUUGAGUUUAAAACUCUUGGCACUAUUCCUGAUGGAAAAUAUGAAAAGCGAUACAUUCAAUACAACUUUCUUACUCGCUUUGAAAAAUUUAAAACCCAUGUCUUUAAAGUAAAACUUAUUGCUCUUCCUACUGGUGGGAAUUCAACUUAUAUUGUCACAGCAUAUGUCAAUUCACUGAAUGUGAACAAGAAACGAACAAUUGCUGUGUCAAUUGAUAGUGAAAAUAGUCUUCAUGUGGUAUUUGAACCAAGUCGUCAAUAUGUGGCUGAUAGUUAUAAUGUCAGCUUGAUCCGGUUUCCUACACUUAUUCCUGAUCCAAUCUCUUCAGUUAUUGUUCAACAGCAACAGUUGCCUGGUAAUUUAACGGAGCUAGAAUUUACUGACAUUCAGCCUGGUAAUUAUCGAAUUCAGGUUAGUGUCAUCAGCUCAGAUUGUGAGGUUCAGUUGUGUAAGACUAUGAACUCAACUUCUUUCGUAAUGGGCAGCCCACAGAAAAAUACAGGACGUACUAUGUCCAGCAAACCAGUAACUACUACUACCACUUUCAUUAAACACCGAAUGAGUAGCACUUCAGGCAUGGUGAAGACGACAACCCCUGAGACUAGGAGCACGAGUCGGAGACAAGGUGAUGUAGUAAUUCAACCUUCAGACCAAAGUGGAGAGUACGAAAGAUCAUUGAAGAUUAUGCUUGGCACUGUGUUUGGAGUUGUUGGCAGUGUUACAAUCAUUAUUGUUGUAUUUUGUAUGUACCGUAAGAGAAACUACACUUCAGGGUCACACAUUGAACAUCCACAGCUGUCUGAUGUAAUUAUUGAAGAUUUUGACAUGAAACAGCAUUUUCCAAAUGUCCUCUUACUCUAUUCUUCUGAUUGUUGUGCUCAUGAAUACGUUGUCCAAGCUAUGGCUGCUUUUUUGAUGCAGAUCUGCAACUGUAAUGUGCACAUUGAUUUAUUUGAAGAACAUCUGAUUCAGGAGAAAGGUCUUAAUGACUGGCUUCUUGACAAUAUGCAGGAAGCUGAAUAUAUUAUUGUUCUUUGUUCUGUUGGUUCACGACUCAGAUGUAAAAAAAAUAUGCAGUUUAAAUUGCACCCUCAUCGAACCAUCCCGGAUUAUUUUGCUCUUGCAGUCGAUUAUGUUGCAGAAAAAAUGCGUAUUGAACGUUGUAAAGGUAUGUCUUUGUCGAAAUUUAUUGUGCUGUACAUGGAUUACUCCGUUGAAGGAGAUAUACCUGCACAGCUUGACCUAGCUCAGAAAUUUAUGAUGAUGCGAGAUGUGUCGAAUCUUGUAUGUCAACUUCAUGGAUUGAGUUUGGAAUGUUCCAAAUUUUCACCAUUUUCCGGAAUUACUACAAAAAACUAUGAUAAAUCUGAAGUAGGUCAACGAUUAAAAGUAGCCAUUGAACAGGCUAAGCAAUAUUUUAAAGACAAUCCAUGUUGGGUUGAAGACCAUCUUGAACAGGUUCCUCGGCCAGUUGGUUGUAAAUUUAAAUCAAAACAUAAUCGACACAGUUCAGGUGAACCCUUAUUGCUACCGGAAACCAAGAUUGAGAAAGCUCCUACUGCUAAACAAACUGGCAGGCAUGCAUCAUUUUCUUACUAUCUUACCUCCCAAAGAGACAUAUUUGGAAUUUUCUCAAGAGACAAUGCCCCUGUUUCAAGUUUCUUUCACAGUCGCUUGAACUCACUUCCCUCUUCAUUAAACAGUCACACAACGCUCACCCCAUUUUCUCUUUCAACCCACAAUUCCCAUAGUUAUGAAAAUAUAUCACAAACUAAAAAACUACAUGACUCCAACAUGUUCUUUGCAGAACCUCUUGUUUCAUCAUUGUACCCUCCAACACAACAACAAAAACAACAACAACAACAACCCCAACAACAAUCAGAACAGUAUCAACAACAACAACAACAACAAAAACAACAACAACAACAGCAACCAAAACAACAGCAGCAGCCACAGCAGCCACAACAACAACAGCAACAACAGAAGAAGAAAAAGAAAAAGCAACAACCACAACAGCAACAACAACAUCAAAGUCCUCAGACUGAAUCUGAGGAGGGUUUUGAAGUUCAGCGAGGCAAAAGCCGAUCUCUCCCUGUUGUCAGUCGAACAGCUAAAUCUCUUACUGUGUUAGAAGCUGAAGUACACAAAGAAUGGGAUCCUGAAAGCAAACCUCAUUCUGGAUCACCCCCACCUGAAGGGGACUCCUCCAGCAAUGAAGGAGAACUCGAAUUAGAUUUAUUGUCCAUAAAAAUUCCCGCUAACUUUCGACAUGUAUUCUACAGCCCACAUCAGGACCCUGCAGAGUUGAUUCCGUGUCUCUAUAAUAAUAAAAACACAAACGUUAUAUACCGUCCAAAUCAUAAAAGGGGAUCAUCAGGAAUGGGUUCUGGUAACACAAAUAGUGGAGGUUUUGUUUACCAUCGAGCAAGUGAAGAUAUUAGAUCUCUCUGUCGACAACUUCCUACUCUAGAGCCAUUGCCUCGAUGUGUCAGCCUUGAUGAUGGAUCUAGCACUUCAUAUGAUUCAGUAAUAGACCAGAUUAUCAAUGGGGGGCCUAAUUUAAUGGAUGGGUCUUAUCUAGGCUAGAAAAUAUAUAUUUACUUAUUGUCGAUUUAGCAAAAAAAAAAGACAAAGCCUAAUUAACA